UAAGGGAAGGCCAAAGCUUAAGCUUUGGUCUCUUUGGCAGCCAAUCUUGCCUUCUUAGCAAACCCAAGACCCUUUCCCUCAACAACAGAAACCCAUAAAACUAUUGCCAGCUCUUUACUGAAAUUCCAACUGUUUCUUUUCAAUUUUUUGGUCGGAAAUUUUUUUUACAGGCAUAUAUAUCGACUCGUUACAGGGUUUCUGGUCAGCGGACUGGUCAAGUCGUACACAAAGAUAGGAUCUUUCUUGCGUUUUCAGGGGAAAUUUUGAAGUUGGCGGAUCGGUUGUGAAAAUAAAGGCUUCGGAAUUGGAGGUUAGAUGUUAAUUUGUCGAGGAGAAGGGUGAGGUGGGGCUGAAUUAUAUGGAUAACUUUUGCUGCUUCAGUUCCCAGGCUGGAGGACGCUCUUCAUGUGGCUCUGGCAAGGGAAGAAGUCAGCUGGGUCCUGUCAAAUAUGGGUUUAGCCUGGUAAAGGGGAGAGCAAAUCAUCCUAUGGAAGAUUACCAUGUUGCUAAAUUUGUUCAGAUUCAAGGACGAGAGCUUGGACUCUUUGCUAUUUUUGAUGGGCAUUUGGGUGACAGCGUACCUGCCUAUUUACAGAAGCAUUUGUUUUCUAAUAUCUUAAAGGAGGUUUGUCCGUAUUCACUGCACUGUUGGCUUGUCUAUCAUAUGAUUAUUGUGGACUAUUCUCUUUCUGUUUUGCAUGAAGUUCACGGGGAUGUUGCACGAGUGAACGGUCAACUGGCUGUAUCCCGUGCUUUUGGAGACAAGAACCUGAAAUCACACCUCCGAUCAGAUCCUGAUGUCACAAAUGCCAGCAUUGAGGCAGAGACAGAUGUACUCAUCCUUGCAAGUGAUGGUCUAUGGAAGGUGAUGUCUAAUCAGGAGGCAGUUGACAUUGCACGGAAGAUAAAGGACCCACAGAAGGGAGCAAAACAACUAGUGAUGGAAGCAUUACAUAGAGAAAGCAAAGAUGAUAUCUCCUGCAUUGUUGUGCGAUUUAUGGGGUGAAACCGCGAUAAGAUAUCCGUUAAUGUUUUUCAUAUGUAUACAAGUCGGAAGUUUGGGGGGAGGGAGGAACAGGGGAAUCUGAUUUGAUAUAGGUUAUAAACCCCACUCCACACCAUCUGUAGUAUUUUAAGUUUCUAUAUUCGUGUUGUGCGGUUUGUUAGAGCUUGAUUCUUCCCAUUUGUAGAUUCAUAGAAGCAUUUUUCUGUAAUUUACACGAGGCUUCGGAGCUGAGUUGUUUGACAGCCAGUAGUUCUUGUAAUAAUGAAGCUGGAAAUUGGUAUUUGUUGACAAGUCAAGGUAUAGAGAUAUAGUUGAAGGGUGUCUUGAUCAAGUUGGUGUUUGGUUGGCCCCUCUGAAGCAAAUGCAGAGCAUUUUUCUGACGGCCCCUCUGAAGCAUUCCACAAUUUACUUGGCAUUUAGGGCAAAGUGAAGUUUGAAGACCGAGAUAAGCGGAGGAAAGGUGGUACAAUAAUGUAACCUGGGGCGACAUCAAAAUAAAAAGCAUUCCGACCCUGAAGAUUGCUCGUUAACUUUGAUUGCCUCUUACGUUAAUACGUGGGGGCUUACUUUACUUUUACAUGGGGGCAUUUACUAAAUUUCUUGUUUUCUUGCUCACA